AAGACCAGCCUAAGGUUUCCAUAUAAAGCAUACAAUUUUUCCAUCAGGUUCAGCUUCUCUUUCUGUCCCAGCGGCUAAAAACACCCAAAAGAGGCGCUUUCUUUCUUUCUGUCACUGUGUGCUGCCUAGUCUUCUUGUAUAUUUUCAGCAAAGAAUUAAAAAGAUAGAAACCCUACAAUUGUUGAAGAACAAGAAAGAGAUGGGGAGAGGGAAGAUUGUGAUCCGAAGGAUUGACAAUUCGACGAGCAGGCAGGUGACUUUUUCCAAGAGAAGAAACGGCUUGCUUAAGAAGGCCAAGGAACUUUCUAUCCUUUGCGACGCUGAGGUCGGAUUGAUUAUCUUCUCCAGCACCGGCAAGCUCUAUGAUUAUGCAAGCUCCAGCAUGAAAUCUGUAAUCGACCAUUACAACAAAUUGAAAGAGGAACAUCACCAUCUGCUGAAUCCAGCUUCGGAGGUCAAGUUUUGGCAGAGGGAGGCGGCAAGCUUGAGACAACAACUUCAGUACUUGCAAGAAUGCCACAGACAAUUGAUGGGGGAAGAACUUUCUGGAUUGGGUGUCAAAGAUCUACAAAACCUGGAAAACCAACUGGAAAUGAGUUUAAAAGGUGUCCGCAUGAAAAAGGAUCAAAUAUUAAAUGAUGAAAUAAAAGAACUAAACCGGAAGGGAAAUCUUGUUCAUCAGGAGAAUAUAGAACUCUAUAAGAAGGUAGACCUUAUGCGUAAAGAAAAUUUGGAGCUGAAAGAAAAGGUGUAUGGAACUAGUGAUGGAAAUGAAGGAAACAGAAGUCUGCAUUCUCCAUAUACUAUCACCAAUGGAUAUGAAGUACACCCCCCCAUCCACCUCCAGCUAAGCCAGCCGCAACCUCAGCAAAACGAAACACCGCAUAAAGCUAUGAAACUAGGGUAUUUUCCCUUAAAAAAAUAAA